UUAAUGAAUAAGUCGAGGGAUUGGAAUAUUGUAGAUGAUGAGUUAAAUAGAAAGUUGAAACAGUUAUAAGAGUUAAAGUCAUCACUUGAUGAUUAAUCUGCUGAAUUAUUACUUCAAAAUAAGGAUUAAAAUUAAGGUAUACAAAUGUUUUUUUCAAAAUUAGAAUAUAAUAAUGACAUCAAUUAUUAUAAGGAAUUCUGGAGAUACUAUAUUCUGAAUGAAAUGACAAUAAAAAAAGUGAAUGAAUUACACUCUUCAAAUUAAAAAUUACAUGAAUUAAUUGGUGAUAUUGAUGUAAUUCAUUCUAGAGAUAGUAUAGAAAUUAUAACAAGAAUUGCAUUAAGCUUUAAGUUAUAGAUAUAAAAAGAAAAAUAGACGUACAUCUUAAGAGAUAGAGAAAUCUUUUGUCUGUCCCUAUGAAAAAUGUAAUAAAUAAUAUGGAAGUGAUGUUUCUUUAAAUUUACAUAUUAAAUUAAAACAUGAUGGAGGGAACAAAACUGAUAGAGAAAAAUUCGCUGUAAGAAAUUCUUUUAUAUUGAUUUACUUUAGAAAAUGAUCAUUGAAGCCUAAUAAAAUGGAGAAACCAUUACUGAUCUUAAUAUCAAUAUCAAAUUUCCUCCAGGAUACUUGGAUGUACUAUUUAUUUAAUUAUAGCAAUUCAAAACUCAAUUUAUAUUAAAUUAAUAAAAUUAGUUAAGCUAAGAAAGAUAGUCAAUCGAAUAAGAUUGA